UUGGAAACUGAAUUUGGGAUACGAGAAACUGCAGUAGCAGCAGUGACUAGGCUUUGGCGUUAGGGGGCAGGACACCCCCAGGUAUGCCCUCUGCCUAGUGAUGCAUUCUGCUUACUGCUGGGAAAAUUAAGGGUGCAUUCUAAAGACUUCCAGAUUUUUCCAGGGCAUUAUGAUAGUAUGAUAACACUGAAAAACAGUUUUACUUCUACUUAUGUGAAUUACUGGCAUGAGCACUGAGGUGUACUCAGGCAGUACGGAAAUGAGCUUUUUAUCAGUUUCUUACCAGAUCUUGAUUGAACAGUGACGCAACAAUUUCUGUUUAUCAAAGCUCAGAGUACAUGCACUGUAUCCAUGGGUCUGUGCAAUCAUUCACACCAUCUCCAGUGGAGUAUCAUGCCUCGGGGCUCAUAUCCAACUCACCGGCACUGUCAGGGAGUUACAGCAGCGGCAUCUCUUCGCUCAGCCGGUGUAGUACAUCAGAGACAUCAGGCUUUGAAAGCCAAGGCAGCGAACCAGCAGUGACUGUACCAAGCUACAGCAUUUCUGAGGAGCCUGUGAGAAAAGAAAGUAAAACCCCACCACCUUACAGCGUGUAUGAGCGGACUUUGAAACGACCCGUUCCUCUACCUCACAGCCUCUCCAUCCCGCCCGCCGCAGACCCUCCGGCACUGCCACCCAAGCCACAGCUGGUUCGGCCAAACAACCUGGAAAACAGCAGCAGGAGGACUGAGCAGGUUCCCCGGCCCAGGCCUCUGCCCCGCAAAGUCUCUCAGCUAUGAGAAGCCACUUUUAUAUUUAACUGCAAUGCAUUCUUUACUGUUUAAGAAAUAAUAUUUUUAAAAAUUGUAAAACUCGUUUAGUUAGGCACUUUAAUAUUUUGUCCAUCUUUUCUUUUGAGUAAUUUUGAAAUGCUUAUUAAUACUACGUUGCACAUUUGAAAUAAAAUUACUAAUUUAGUUUGCCAUAUAUUAUAGGAAGCAUGAAUGAGAGGAUUUUUUWAAAUUUCAUGGUGGUGAAUAUGGAUAAAUGCUUUUAUUUGUGCUUUAUUUUUAUUUAAAAAUUAAAUCUAAAACCAUACAACUCUCGUCUGAGUUAGCUGAAUGCUUCUUGCAAAAUGCAGAAUAUACUGACUGGAUCUUUACUACUAGAAA